CAUCUGUCCGUCAUACAGAUCGGUCCCGAUAGACAACACACGCAACGGCUCCAUUUACCUCGGCACUGUCUCAUCGCAUAAUUUUUUUUUCUCUCCGCUGCUUCCGCAUAAUUUGUAUCUUUCCAUUAGCGUUCGUGCGUCGUUUCCGCUCUCUAGUCCCCUUGAACGGAAUUUUACGAAGUUGUUGGACUCUUCUACGCGACAGCGCACAACUCGCAGGGUUUCAAAGAUGCCGCUGUCCGAGUUUCGUAAGAAAAAAUUACUCUUCAUCUUCAACGCUUUCUUCGAUGUUAAUCAAAGUGGCACCAUCGACAUAAAGGAUUUCGAUCUCGCCGUGCAACGAAUCUGCAAUUCCAGGCAUUUGAAACCGGACGACGCCAAGUCGCAACAUAUUAAAGAGACUUUGAACAAAGUUUGGGAGGGACUGCAGCAACGAGGGGAUGCCGAUCAGGAUGGGCAGAUCAGUCGGGAUGAGUGGUACUCGAUGUGGGAAGAGUACGCGAAAGAUCCGGAGCACGCACUCGAAUGGCAACAAACAUACAUGAACUUCAUGUUCGAUCUCGAGGAUUCUUCCGGUGACGGAUCGAUCGACGAAGCCGAAUUCAGCAAGGUGUGCGGCAGUCACGGCGUCGAAGAGGCCGAGGCGCGCGAAGCGUUCAAGAAAUUGCAAGUGGGUAAGGAAGUGACUCGCGAGAAAUUCGCCAACCUGUGGAAGCAAUAUUUCUGCUCCGACGAUCCGAACGUACCUGGCAACUUUAUAUUCGGAAAGACUUCUUUCUAACUUCACCACCCCGUGAGAUUGAAGGCGCGCAUAUACAAAUAUAUAUGUACACACAUAUAUACAUAUAUAUUUUCAUCGUUACAGAUACAGAUUAUUUUAUGUAAUCGUUACCAGAGACUCGUUCUCUGAAGAGAGAUAGAUACAGAAAAAUUCUGUAAUCUGUAUUUUGUCAAAACAAUUCCUAUUUCUCCUGCUUCUGUUCACACACAUCUUUACAUAAUAUAAUAAUGAUACUAAUAAUAAUAAUAAUAAUACCAAUAGCUAAAAAAUUAAAUUGAGAAGAGAGAGAGAGAGAGAGAGAGAGAGAGAAAGAGAAAGAGAGAGAGAAAGAGAAAGAGAAAGAGCUUUCAAUUAUUUCCUCUGUUCUUUACCGCUGCUCUCUCUGUAGUUACGCCACAUACGUGGUUGAAUUCUAUUCAGUAUCGCAAAGAGUGAAAUUCCGGCCAAAACAAUCUAUCUAGCCUUACAACUUCGUGUAUUUGAAGGUUUAUUUGCCCCACCGGGAUGUUUUAUUAUUGCAUCCGCCAUCGAGUGGCGCUGCAACAAAACACAGAGUUAACAGGAUAGAUCGAACAUCUAGCUUGCAGCUCUUUCUUUCGCUGCUGCUGCCACUGUUUUCCUUUGACGCGUCAUUCGCAACAAUCUCUUCGCAAACCCCAGAUCGUCCCUCCCCCUCUCCCCGCCUUCAGAAAUUAUCCGGCUUCGCUUUUCAAUUUUUCGCGUUCACAAACGUGGCUGAAAUGUUCCGCGCAAAUUUUGUCAAAGAAUCCAUAUUGAGAUUUCUUCCGAUCGCUUUCUUCCACGCUAAAUAUUUCAUAGCGAGCACAUGUUAGGGGACUCGGAUCAAGUACCUAUAUCUUUACGGCGCAUAUCGAUCCGUUCACCGCCGACGAGCUAAUUAUGCCGCAUAGUGUGUAAAUAAACGCCCUUGCGUAUUAUAAAAGUGAUUAAAAAAACGCUGUUUCGAUACACGCGACACGAGGAAAUGGGCGAUUGUGAAGCGAUUCUCUUUUUUCGUUGCGUGCAACGUAUAUAUCUACUAUAAUAGUUAUUUAUUUGCAUUCGCGAAAAACGCGUGCGCAUCCGAGGGCAGUCGAUCGCAGAAAAAAAUUCGUCUCGCGCGUAAAUCCUCUUCUCGUCGUUUCGCGUCUCUCUCCCCGCGUUCUCUCGGCAAACGUAAAUUACAAACGACACGCGGUUUGCGCAAUUUCACCGAAACUGAUUGGCAUUUGGCGGCGGAGAAAAGCUAGUUAGAUUCUCCCCCAGUCUGCGAAAGAUAUUUUGAGAAUCGAAAACAAACGGUGCCACGCUCGCGGGCGCCAAACACGCGCUCACCUCUUCACGCACAUAGCAGUCGCGGUAUUUUUUCCAAAGCACCCAUCUACUACCCCGCGAGUUUCGUGCCUCUUCUGUUCUGCUCGGCCAUCCCUCCCCCCUCCCCCCGUUUAAUUUUCCGUACACCCUUGUGAAACAAAAGCCCUUUUUCGUCGGAAUCGAGCUCUCUCAUUGGUACCUUCAUAUAUUCCCCGGAGUACGAGCUAUUUUCACUGAAGAGGAGGAUUUAAUUGCAGCAGGAAGUGCGUGUAUCAUGUACCGGAAAAAAAAGAGAAAACUAACGCAAAACGAAACAUGAAGGAGAUCGAUAAACGGCGCGCUACCGUACUCGAUUAACGGCUAUUCGCCGCGCGAACAAAAUUGUUGUUACAAAUUGCGCUGUAUCGCAAAAUCGAAAAUCGCGCGUAUCAGAUCGGAGCAAGUACGAGAAUUGAAUUUUUCGUAAGCAGUUUGCGCGUUUUCGAUCGAUUCGACGAUUAAAAACAACCUUCGUCGCAAUGAUACUUCAGCGUUAAUUGCUAUCGUAUUUGUGUUUUGUGAACAAAAGUUUGGUCGUGUUUAAUCGAUAUAUUUGUGUUUUUGUCAUCGUAUUUACGUAGAAAUAUAAACCCGCGUUAAAAUAUAUUGUGAAAUUAAUGAUAAAUGUCUUUCGGAAAUUAAUUGUGUUGUCGUAAUAAUUGAUGUGCAUCGUAUCGGGGAAAGAGCGAUCGAAUGUUAGCCUGCGGAAACCACGGAAAUAUGUGUAUAAUUUACGCAUUUCAAAUGUUGUUAUACUGAUUUUUCAUUAGCAGAAAGCGUUUUUGUGAAGCCGAAGAGGAUUGGAUUUUUAGAUUCGUUUUGAUUAUUGAUCACUGCCCGUGAAGAGACAAACGUAAACGACAUACCUAUAUAUAUAUGUACACACAUAUAUCGAAACAGCAGUAUAUUUAAUUCAUCGAGUGAAAUAAGAAUAUGAAUCAUAUAUAGCGAGUAUUUUCCGUACUUGGGUUAUAUAGAAAGUGGUUGUACUGAUAAUAAUCGCUGAAUUCUCGUCCAUCGUAAGUCAAGUCGAUGAAUUAUUAAACGAAUAUACGAUGCGGCUAUAAACUAUAGAGAGAAAUAUGGAUGUAAUGAAACACUCGCUGUCAAUUGAAAACGUCCAGGCACGAAUUAAGCGACACAAUAUGACGUUAGUAACAACUUAACGAAAUAAUAAAAUUUCACGCGCAGUUUUGUUCGUUUCACGAUAAGACGCUUUAUCUCUGUUUUUGUCUAUUAGACAAUUUUGCUUAAUUUUUAUGCGCUGUAAUGAGACAAUUAUAUUACCGAAGUUUUAUUACGCUAUUUUUUUAGAUUAUACUCAGUAUAUAAAUUUUUUUCUCUCAAGUAAUUUGAUAUUUAUGAAAAUUUUAAUUCAUAAUUUUAGGUUUAUAAAAAUUAAAUUAUAAAAGUUACGUGUACACUCUAAGUUUAUGGAUUUUAAUGAAGAUAUUAAUUACACACAAUUCGUGUUCCAAUGAUUAAUCAAAGUUGCUUAAAACGUGCCUGCGUAAUAUCUAUGGUUCCAUGUUGAAAGAAGCAUAAAUAUGCUCACUCUUGUGUAAUAGAUAUGUACGUGCUAUUCCCGUUCCUGUGUAAGAGAUGCAUAAAAUAUAUAUAUAUAUAUAUAUAUAUAUAUAUAAGAGAAUAUGUUAUAUAAAUACCACAGUAUAUAUAUCCCUGUACGCGUGCGAGCGCGCGUGAGAGAUGUGUGUGUGUGGACAAAGAAAAAUAAAAUAUAUAUAUAUGCUGUAAGAAAAUUAAAAUUGUGGAUUGCAUCUCUUUCAAGAAACAUUUCUACUUUUUAUCUCCCCUUUCACAUAUUUAGUUCACAUGCGCACUCUAUUAUUAUACACACAGCGUACAAUAACUUUAUACAAUUCGUCAGUUUCAUCAGAGAAAAAUUAAAAACGUAAUAAAUUACAUUAAAAUUGA